UUUUUUUUUUUUCCUCCUCAUUCAAAUCCAAUCUUUCUGUGCAAAACUUGAGCAGCUGAUAUUUGGUAUCCACUAUAGAGCUACUUCAUAUUCCGUUGAUAAAGGUGGCUGGUAUCAUACGUUCUUUUAUUUAUUGAGCGUUCAUGAAAUCAAUAAAUGAAUCUCGAAAAAGAUGCCCAGCUGUCUUUGGGUUAUUCUGAUGAAGCCCAUCGAGCCUCCUGGGCAAUGCCAUUGACGGGAGUGUCUAAACUAUGCAACUUGUCGCCAGUUGAUCCCUCGAACGAUGCUAGAGCCGAAUAUUCAGAGUUAGAUGGUCACUAUGUCCCAAGCGGAUCAUAUUCUACGCCAAUAGAAUCCAGCCGUGUGAAACCAGAUCGAUCGACGUCGCAUAAUGCAAAAGUAAAUGAACAAGAACGUCAACAGUUUCUGCGAGAACUUGAUGAAGCUAGAAAGGAGCUCGACAGACUUCGACAAAGCAUGACCGGUUUAACGAAACAGAUGAACGGCAUGUCGCUAAAUAUUCAACAAUCCAGAGAUCGAGUAUUAGAGAUUGAACAGGGUUUAACGACGACGCACGAAGUAAAUGUGAACAUGCAAGUGUUGCUGGAGAAAUCGGUCAAGGAGCAAAAAGCGUCGGAUGUGAUCGCAACGCAAGUGAUUCGCAAUUUUUAUUCAGAUCUGACGCAAUUGGCUCAAGAAAACCAUCGAAUCAAAGGCCGCCUCAAUUCAAUCGAAAACCAGCAACGCAAACAGAAAGGCAGCGCACACGAUGUUGUAAGUCGGAUGCGUGAAUAUGCUGAAAUGCUCGAAGAAGCGCAAGGCACGAUUCGCACACUUCAGGAAUCCCAGUCGUUGAAAGUAUCCCAUCUGGACGAUACCUUCUCCUUUGAAAGUGAUUUUAGCUCACGACGCACAAGCACAACGUCCUCUUUUGUCACCGAAGAAGAAGAUGUCGAUACCCAUCCACAAAAAGAUUGGCAAGCCAUUUAUCAGAAAAACAGUAUAGUGAAACGCACAUCAUUAUCAGGAGCAAAUGGAGGAUUAUUACCGUCUGAAAGACGAUCGCCCAAUGCUCUGCCACAACAGGGCUUAAAAAUGCUGCUCGAUUCACAACGUAGACAAAGCCUUGGAUUAGACUCACUAUCCAGUAGAAAAAAGUAAUAAGAAACUUGAUAUAUUUAUUGUAUAAACACACAUUUGUAAUCUAUAUCGUCAGCACGAAUAAUCAUUCUGAUGUUGGAAGCAC